AUGGCGAGCGAUAAGCAAGUGCUAGCUGCGAUUGCAAUGAAGACGGGAGGAGAUGUCCGUUAUUAUGAGCUGGUUCAGCUGACCUGUGGAGAUGACAGGCGAAAGUGCUAUGUGUGCGUUGGAAAACACUCACUGUUCUUUUUGCGACAAGACCUCAAUGGGCCCAUUCAUGAAGGUGCAGAUUUGUACUAUAGCUCCAUCGCAAGAAUUCUCCAGGACGAAAACUCUGACCAGCAUUGUCUGCUCUCACUGACGGAAGAGCUACCGGGCUGGCCUACAGACAGGUUAUUUCUGAAGGCAGAAAAUCGGAGCUUCUUCCUCAGGCACUUCCGAUGUAAUUGGCAGACUGACCACAUGUGGCGGCUUGGCCGGGUGGUUGUGUUUCCACUCAGCAUCCAUCCCAUUACGAAAGAGACCGCUUAUGAUAGCUAUGUGGCACCAUACCAAGGAUAUCGCUGGACAAAGUUUCAGGGGUACCGCUUCAUGGUGCCAGAAGGGUUUGCUGAUCAGGCGAACUCCAUCCAAGAGGAGGAGACGGGCGAAUAUGUUAAUGAACAAGGUGUGAGCCUGGUGGUGCACGUGCACGAGGCCUUCAGCCUUGAGCAGCUCUCGCACAUGAAUCGUGACAACAUUCGAUGGGUGGCCGCGGACUACAAGACGCAGCUGUGUGCACAGGAACCGCAAUUCUAUGUGUUAAAAAACGCCCCGCGGGACAAGCAUAUGAAUCUUGCAGCUGACGUUGCGCAAUGGCAUCAGUGGGAACUCCUAAUCCGAACGCGAUCAGCUACUAUCAUCUGUCUCGUCAUGCGCCGGCAGUAUAUCCCGCCAGUUUGCUGCGCCGCGCAAGACAUCGCAGUCCUCCUUCGCUGUCCUGAGGAAGAGUGGAAGCGUGCGGAGCUUCCCUUGGUGCUGGAAGCUUACCGGAUUGCUGACUCUCUCUGCACAGAUUCGCCAAAUGUCUCAGUGUACCGUGACAUGGUGCAAGCCAAGUUGGACUCUCUCAGGUUUAACGAAGAAGGGGCCGAGUGGGCAGCUGCGCAUCUCAAGCUUAAGUCGUGCUGGGAAAUCGAAGCUGUAAGAUUUGUGAAGAGUAUCUGGAAGUUGUUUUGCGAGGACAAGGUGGAAGGUUAUGACGCCGAAGUUCUGGAGCUGUCUGCUCAGGAGGUAUUAGUCGAUGCUGGUCCUGAAGACCAGUGGGCUGAAUUGGAGUGCAUAGACAAUUUCCAGGAGUUUUUCAUGAAGAUCAUGAACGAGGGGGAAGGCCUCCCAUCAGGCGCUCAAGCCGAGGCUUUGGAUGAAGAGGCCAAGCUCAAGAUUCAGCACAGCUGGCUUGCGCGUGUCGCUCGAUACUUUGCCUGGGCUGUGGAUGGCGGGCUGUUGGGUGCAAGAUUCAAUCUCGACUUGAUGAUCGAAGGACUAUCAGCUUUAACGGAAGAGAGUUACAAGAAAGCCUAUGCUGCCUUCUUGUUCUUACUGCAUCUGCGGGCCAGAGAUAUGACCAAGCCCUUCCACGAGGUUAGCCUGACACAGCAGAUGAGGGGCCGGAACUUGAGUUAUUGGAUGUUCAAUGACCGCGUGAUGCUGGCAGUCCUGAGCACGGACUUCCUAAAGAAGCAAAUUGGUAGGGGCCGUGAUGCAGACUUCUUCCGUUGUCUUGCAAACCUUUUGGAAGCAGGCUGUGGGGUGACCUUGAAGGCCUACAUUUGUAGACUCUUCAUGGAGAUGAAGGCAUCGCGAGAAGCCGAUGCCAAGAAAGACGAUGACUCCUCUGCAAAUCUCAUCGUUGUCCCUGCCAUGCUUUCACUGCUCAGAUCUGGAGGUGCCUUCCUGGCCACCUAUGCCUCUGCAGCUCUAGUGAAUUUAAGCAGUGGGAACCAGGCAGUAAAGAUGCUUUUGAUGGGCCAGGGGAUGGCCAGGAUUGGAGUGCAGAAUUUGCAGGCCAAGGAGGAUGACCUCAGCUACUACACCUUGAUGCUGAUGGUGAACUUGACCAAAGAGCCCCAUAAUCGUAGCCUCAUUGCUUCAGCGGGACUCAUACCAAUCCUGUACGACAUCAUGACCUCCUCAUAUGCCCAAGUCCGGCCGACAGGGAAGAAGGCAUCAGGAAUGAGCACCGCUGCUUUGGGCAGCAUUGCAAAGGAGAGAUUGCUCACUCAGACAUGCAUUGUAAUUGGACAAUUCUGCAAUGACGAUCGUUUCCGGGAACAGUUCAUUGACAUCUAUCCUCACACAGUGAAGUGUUUGAUGUACAUCUUCACCACUGUCCGGAUGGGAUGUGCGUUAUGCUGCAAGGUCAUGUUUGCGUUAAAGCAGCUCUGCGCGAGCCGCAAUGAUCAGAAGCACUAUGUCGGAACCCAGGCUAUACCUCACUUGAUUGAGGGCUUGGAUGAUGCUGACACCGACAUGAAUCGCGAAUUCGUCUACCAAUCGCUGUUGCUGCUCAUGAUGCUUUCAGGCCUGUCCGCCAACUGCGAGCUGAUGUACAAAGAGGGCUUGCUGAACUCAGAGUCGCCCAGUGAUGCGCGAGAUGGUCUCAUUCAGCUGCUGGCAGUACUUUCACGGGUGCAGAAAGAGGAGAUCUUGGCAGUAUCCAUCUCUGAGCAGGUGACAGCAGCCAUGGAGAGCCAGUCUUCCAACCCAGAAGUGCAGCGUUGGGGAGCUGCAGUUCUGCAAGCGAUGUUUCAGCGCUUCCAGCUGGUUGGCAAGGGCGAUGUUGAGCGUCUUCUGAAGGCAGCAGCGGGGCAUGCAGCAAGUCUAGAUGUUCAGCGAUGGUGUUUUUCGGCACUGCUUUGCGCCAUAGAGCUUGAAGGUGCCGACGAAACAUCUGACAGCACUGUGAUUGCUUGCACCUUACUGCAAGAGGGGGCCCUCGACAUUAUGGCAGCAGCCUUUCAAGCACACGGAUCGCCAUCUUUGCUGGAGCGGCUCGCUUGCUUGCUUGCUGCGCUCCUUCUGGAAGGAGGCAGCGAUGCAGCUGAUGAAGCUACGCAAAGUGGGUGCCUGGAGGCCACGCUUUCGACCUUGAAGCUCACAGUUGGCAAGAUGCACGAUGCUUCGGAGCAGACCCCCGCGCUCGUUGCAGACCUGCCGCUUCAACUUGCUUGCUUGCGAGUUCUUUGGGCCGUGUGUGAGUCGAAUGGUGAGCUAGGGGCAACAGAGAUUGCUGCCAAAGACGGCGUAGACAUCAUUAUAUCGGUCCUGCACGAGUGUGGGCCGGCUUCUGACAUCCGCAAGUGGGGUGCCUCUGUGCUGCAAGCGCUUUUUGCGCAUGGCGGAGAGCUCGUGGUUGACAGCGCUGUGCAAUCGGAGGUAGCGGAAGCUCUGGUCAUGUCCCUUGCCUGUAGCCUUCAUGACCUUGACGUUGUGGAAAGAUGCGCAGCAGCCUUGGCAACGAUGGCUGGAUACAAUGACGAAGCCGGACUAGCUGUCAUGGAAGCAGGGGGUCUUGGAGCAGUUGAAGAGGCCGUGGCACUUCACGGCUCUGAGGGAGACCUUGCGCAAUGGUACCUGGCGCUGCAAGAAAGCAUUGAGAGCUACGCGGCCGAUGGGCCAGAUGCGUUGGAGCUGUCCCUCUCCUGGCUGCCCGACCCGAACUGGCGAGUCGGUCCCAAGUGCCAAGACCUGCAAGGGCAUGACAACUUGCACGAGUGCAUGAUUGGGCUUCCGGGCCAGAUCCCCGAGGGGGGAUCCAGCUCACCCAGCUCAGUUGGCUCCUCCGAAAGUGACCCGAGCUUCAACGCAGAUCGGCUGAUACACAAAUGGUGCCACAGGCAGCUUCGCGAUCUACUGGGCAAGUUGUCCCUGGAGCCUGAGGCGGCUCCCUUUCUGGUGCCGGUUAACUGGCAGGAGUUGGGCCUGGAUGACUACCCUGAUGUUGUUGAGAACCCUAUGGAUCUGCACACUAUUAGCAAGCGUCUGAACUUGGGACACUAUAAUGACGUGGAUGGCCUGAUCGAUCCUGAGCUGAUUUUCAAGGACAUCUCCCUCUGCUGGAAUAAUUGCAUGCAAUACUUCGAGGACGACACAGAAGUAGAGGCUGUGCAGAUGGCAUUGAUGAUGUCCUCAAUUGCAAAGGAUUUUCAACAAGAGUUUUGGGCGGAUCUUGCGGCAUUCGAAGAAUCCCUCGAGAAGAGCCCUUUCAAGACCAAGAUGGCUAUAGCUGCUACUGUCAUGGGGGAUGCUGCAAAACAGGUAGCUAAGCAGAGCAAGCGAAAGACCACAGUCCUCGCGAAUGACAUGGUCAAGUACGCGGCCGACUGGUGGCAGGGAAGCAGAGAUGAGUCACCUUUCUGGAGGUCCGAGGAGCGUGACCAUUUGAUUGGUCGUGCAUGGCCAUCACGCUUCAAGCGCGCAAUUGCAGUAGUUCGGGAGACAGUUCGACGAGUUCCUUUGUCCCUCCUCAAUUCAGAGCAGGCCAUUCAGACUUUCUUGAAGCCGCUGGCGGAGUCCAUCCUGCGCACGGCCUCCUCUUUGUCCAUGCCUUCAGGUGUCCACAUUGUGCAUGACACCAUUGCUGAUAUCCGUGGCGAGUGGAUCCUUCCGGAUUCUGUAGAGCCGCAUUCCCAUUGCGAGCAGGUCCUUAUUUGGGCCCAUGGCGGAGGCUUUGUGCUUUGUUCGCCCGCGACACACCGCUUCUUCCUUGCGAAGAUCGUUUUGCAUACUGGCGUGCCCACUUUCUGCGUUAAUUUCCGCAAGCCUCCGAGCCACCCGUUCCCAGUGCCAAAAAAUGAUGUCGUCGAUGUAUACAAGGGUAUCCUGGAGCGCGGCAUUGCAAAUGCCAUUUUCCUAGGUGGCGACAGCGCCGGAGGCAACCUCGUCCUUUCGCUUACCCAAGAGCUAGCUCAGGAGGCCGAUCGCAAUGAUGAUGCCCUGCCACUCCCUGAAGGCUUGAUCCUAUUAUCUCCCUGGGUGGAUUUAUCAGAUACAAGUGAAGAGUCCUGGCAGAAGUAUGCAGACGUGGACUACAUCCCUGCCAAGCAGGCGGAGGUUAUAGCCGGGAUUUAUGCUAAAGGCAUCCCGCUUCAAGAUGUCCGAGUUUCACCUGGUCGUUGCAAGCGUUGGCCCACGUCCUUUCCGAGAACUCUGCUGGACUACGGCGGCUGUGAAGUCUUCCGGUCGCAGAUUGAGCGACUGGCAGGCCACAUGAAGAAACAUGGCGUCGAGUUGGAUGCCUUCGUAGAGCAUGGCAUGGUUCAUUGCUAUCCUCAGCUGGAGCAUCUCUGGGGCCCUGAUCCAGGCGGACCUUUCGACAGUUAUUUCCAGCGCGUCACGACUUUCAUGGCCAUGAAGUAUUUUUGA